AGGUUUUUACAUUUGCAUAGCCCAUUCCCAACUUCCAGAAGUUUCUUUUCCAUGGUCUAUAAAGGCCAGAGAAAAAAGUGUAGGAUCAGUCAACAGACGAGCGAACCCAGAGAGUGAGGGCUGAGAGAGAUCGUGCCAAGCUCUGCCAGGCUUCUAUAGCUGCUCAACAACCAGAAGACAGAAAGGAUGUGGGUAACCAACGUUGUAGUUCUGUGCCUCCUGGCCGUUGCGGCCUCCGGAGAAGACAAGAAGAAGCUGAGCAGCCAUGCCACCACCAUGGCUGACAAGAGCGCCAACCUGGCCUUCAGCCUCUACCACACGGUGGCCAAGGAGAAGGGCCUUGACAACAUCCUGAUAUCCCCUGUGGUGGUGGCCUCCUCCCUUGGCAUGGUGGCUCUCGGGGGAAAGGCAUCCACCGCUUCCCAGGUCAAGUCUGUCCUCAGCGCUGAUGCCCUGAAGGAUGAGCACCUGCACACAGGCCUGUCAGAGCUCCUGACUGAGGUCAGCGACCCAAAGACCCGGAACGUCACAUGGAAGAUCAGUAACCGCCUCUACGGCCCCAGCUCGGUCACCUUCGCCGACAAUUUUGUGAAGAGCAGCAAGAAGCACUACAACUAUGACCACUCGAAGAUCAACCUCAGGGACAAGAGGAGCGCAGUGAACUCCAUCAACGAAUGGGCGGCCAAGUCGACAGACGGCAAGCUGCCUGAGAUCACCAAGGAUGUGCAGAAUGCUGACGGAGCAACGAUCGCCAACGCUAUGUUCUUCAAGCCUCACUGGGAUGAGAAGUUCCAUGAGAAGAUGGUAGACAACCGUGGCUUCCUGGUGACCCGUUCAUUCACAGUCUCUGUUCCCAUGAUGCAUCGCACCGGUCUCUAUAAGUUCCAUGAUGACACAGAGAACAGGUUGUUUGUGCUGGACAUGCCACUGGGCCAGAAGCAGUCCAGCCUGGUGUUCAUCAUGCCCUAUCACCUGGAACCCCUUGACAGGCUGGAGAAGCUGCUGACCCGCAAGCAGCUGGAAACCUGGAUGGGCAAGAUGGAGGAGAGGGCCGUGGCCAUCUCUCUGCCCAAAGUCAGCAUGGAGGUUAGCCACAACCUACAGAAAACUCUUGGUGAACUUGGUCUGACCGACGCUGUGGACAAAACCAAGGCCGAUCUGUCCAACAUCUCCGGCAAGAAGGACCUGUACCUCUCCAACGUGUUCCACGCCUCUUCAAUGGAGUGGGACAUCGAGGGGAACCCCUUCGACACCAGCAUCUUCGGAAGUGAGAAGCUGAGGAACCCCAAGUUGUUCUAUGCUGACCAUCCCUUCAUCUUCCUGGUGAAGGACAACAAGACCAACUCCAUCCUCUUCAUCGGCAGAAUGGUGCGACCCAAAGGAGACAAGAUGCGUGACGAGUUGUAAUAGUUAAUGGACAGUUUGAGAGAUACGGUUACUGAUUGAAUCAUGCCAGGAAAUAGUAUGUGUAUUAUGGUUUGACUGUUACUCCAAGAACACAUUCCAAUAGGGCAUCUGUGGACUGAAUAUCUAGACCUACUAUUGUAUCAGACACAUUAAGCACUCCCAGGGAACAGGAGUCUAUUAUCGUAUGACUGUUACCCCAAGAACACAUUCCAAUAGGGCAUCUGUGGACUGAAUAUCUAGACCUACUAUUGUAUCAGACACAUUAAGCACUCCCAGGGAACAGGAGUGUAUACAUUCAAAUAAAUGCUGUUUGGCCUUUACAAUGCGCCAUAAUCAAUAACAUUGUCAGUCUGCAUUUCAAUACAUUUCAGGAAAAAUCCGAACACCACAAGUGCCUUUUUAGAGUACCUGAACAUUGAAUAGCAGACGACCCGACAGCAUGCUUAUAUUAAGUAUGAUCUCUCUGAUUUUUGCCUUCCAUAAAAUCAGACAUUUUCCACCAUUCUUUUCACCAGUAUAGGUUUGGCUUCUCUCUCUUAUUGGGUUUGUGAUAUGCAUGAUUAGUUGCAUUAUCUUUAAUGUUUAAAGAGAAAAAGUUUGUUGCACAAGUGUACUACAAGCUAAUUUCAUGUCAUACUAUUUUCCACUUUCCACCCUGCAAAGUACAUUUCUCAUGCUUUCAGUUGUUUUUGCCUCCCAGCUGCACUGAAACUGUUCCUCUGCAAUCUUUGAUUUGAUUGAAUUAUCUAUGCCAUUUGCCAACCAAACUGUAUGACUGUUGUAGGCAUUUACCACUAAACCUUGGAAUGUUGCCAUAAUGCAACGUGGUGUCCUUUUUGACUCUUUUUUUUUUUCAAUAAAAAGAAACCUAAAAUAAA